AUGACUUGGGAAGACGUGGUUAGCAAGUUUCACAGGUCGCACAGCCCGGCCGUUCAGGAUAUUGCUCCCUCUCUCGCCGCCGCUGGCCGGCCUCUCAGUCCCGCAACUCCCCUCAACGCUGUCCAGCCCAUAUUCACUCAUGAUCCCCAGGAGAUGGAGAUUGAUGCUGGCAACACGACGCCUGGCAGUCACCAUCAGCCCGGCCGUCCACCCCUGAGUGAAGCCCGCAUUCGCACCCCGCUCCCGACUGGCCCCAGGCUGGAGAAGUCGCUGUCUUUGCCGGGGAUUGAGAGCCUCAAAAACGACAUUCAAAGCAAUGCUGCGCGCAUGUUGUCUGCCACUACCCGCGGCCGGUACAACUCGGUGCAGGCCCUGUUAUUGUUUUGGCAAGAAGAUGAUGACGGGCUGUUAGUCCAGAGUGCAGUCAGAGAGCUAGCUGACGUCUUUGACAAGUACUAUCACUAUACGUUUCAAAUUCAGACUAUCCCCUCCUCUUCAGAGAGCUGUAAAAGCUCAUGGAGGUGGCUGUCGCGAAAACUCAACGACUUUGCCGAGGAGCGCGAUCAGCGUGACGUUUUGAAAAUCGUUUACUACAUAGGCUAUACUUAUCUUGAUGGGAACCGUGAUAUGGUCUUGGCAAGCUCAAAAGAUCCUGGCAGAGCAUCGACAAUCCGAUGGAGUGGUAUUCAACAAAUCCUCGAGGAGGCCUGCUCAGAUACUCUCAUCAUUAUGGAUGCCGCAUAUUAUCCCCCAGCUAGGAUCGUACGGCAACAAGGCGUACUUGAAAUCAUCGCGGCUUCUUUGUCAGAGGAUCACCUCAUAGCCCUCGAUCGGUGUGCUUUUACUCUAGCUCUCGCCGAACAGCUACGCACACGUGCAGCGCGCCAGACGCCACUCUCUGUGGUUGAACUGCACUCCAUCCUCAUGGCUCUUUAUCCUAAAAUGGCCCGGGACCGUACGCCCGAGCGAGAGAUUAUAACGAGCUUCCCCUCCCCGCUGCAUACUAUGAUGUCCGGAAACUCGAGGCUACCUUCGAUAUUCCUCUCGCCUGUCCAGCAAAGUAGCCCGCUGCGAAGCAGCUUCUCCUACGAAAACAGCCCACAGCUACACCUAGCUAUCAAGUUGAACGAUGAGAACAUUGAUAUCGACAGUUGGAACGAGUGGCUGCGCAUGAUGCCGGAAGGAAUCAAGGACAUCAAAAUCGACGGUCCAUUCCGGGCACAGUUUAGGUAG